UACUCCCUCCGUCUAGGGGCGGACCCACGUCGAGUCAUACGGGGGCACGCGGCCCCACUCAAAUUUUGUAAUUUUAUAUAUACUUAUAGGUAUAUGUACUUAAUAUUACUAUAUAUCCAUGAAAUGCAUUUCUGUAAUCGUUGGACAAGCAGCUCGAAUGGGAAAAGCGUAUUCAGUCCGAAGUAAGGUGGAAGCUAAGAAGGUGGCAUAUUUGAGGUACAUGGGCUGCAAUUUUGAGGAGGAAAGAGCGGCGUUACGAGUGGAGUACAAGAAAGCACGUAAAGAAGCUAAGUUAGAGGUAACGAGGGCAAAGAAUGCCGCUUUUGAACGCCUCUACAAGGAUAUUGAGGAGAAAGGCAGUGUUAAUCCAUUGUUCCAGCUUGCUAAGGUGCGUGAGAGGAAGGCCAGAGAUCUAGACCACGUGAGAUGCGUGAAGGACAACAAUGGUAGAGUGUUAGUUGAGAGUGCCAAGGUGGCUAAGCGCUGGGGGGAGUACUUUAGUGAACUCUUAAAUGCGGGAGGAGACCAGAGGCUAGUUCUUGAUGAGUUGGGACAUCCUAGGGCGUCUCGUGUGUAUUGCCGGCGCAUUUGCCUGGAAGAGGUGGUUUGGGCUCUCCGCGUGAUGCGUAGUGGGAGAGCUUUGGGACCAGAUGAGAUUCUGGUGGAGUUUUGGAAGCAUGCGGGUCGUGGUGCGUGGGUUUGGUUAACCAAACUCUUCAAUGUUAUCCUCCGGACAAGGAUGUCUGAUGAGUGGAGGGAGAGUCUCUUGGUCCCUCUGUUUAAAGGCAAAGGUGACAUUCAGAGAUGUGUUCAAGAUGGGGUCCCAUGGUGCAUGCUUUUCGCGGAUGAUAUUGUGCUUAUCGACGACACGCGUGAGGGACUAAACGAUAAGUUGGAAUUAUGGCACCUUGCCCUUGAGACUAAAGGAUUCAGAAUAAGUAGGAACAAGACUGAAUGCAUGGAAUGUCGUUUCAGCGGCCGGGAUACAGAAUCAGAGGUGGAAGUCAGGAUUGACUCUCACCUAGUACCUAAGGUAGACAAGUUUCGAUAUCUUGGCUCGGUAAUCCAGGCGGAUGGGGAGUUAGAUGCGGAUGUUGGACAUGGACCUGCUAUGUUAUAUGGGGCAGAGUGUUGGGCGGUUAAGAAGACUCAUGUGCGUCAUCUGCAUGCGGCGGAGAUGCGGAUGUUACGAUGGAUGUGUGGGAAGACAAGGUUGGAUAGGAUUUCGAAUGAAAUUAUCCGACGUCAGGUAGGUAUGGCACCGGUGGAAGACAAGUUGCGGGAAGCGAGGUUGAGAUGGUUUGGCCAUGUGAGACGGCGGGAUGCUGACGCCCCUGUACGGAGAUGCGAGAGGAUUACGGUUUUCAUUUUGAGAGUGAAGGACUACGAGCACAUCGGCGGGAGACAACGUCAAAGAAUGGUAUUUCUUUUGUAUAAGAGGGAGGAAGUACAAGAACAGCGUGAGGCCGAAUCGGGUAACCAGUUCCGGGUUUUGGAAGGCGACCGGCAUUGACAAACCGGUCUACGCGCCUCCCGGGGAAACCCCCAUCGGCCUCAAGAAGUCGUUGGUUUUCUACCGGGGGAACGCCGGGAAAGGGAUCAAAACUGAUUGGAUGAUGCAUGAGUUCCGCCUUGCUCCUCCGCCUCUACCCGCCUCAUCAAAUAAAAAAUUUGCUCAAGAUCAAGCGGAGAUAUGGACAUUGUGUAGGGUUUUCAAGAGGAGCACAACCUACAAGAGAUGCAACACU